UCUAACCAAAAGAUAUUAGCUGCAGCCAGAUAUCAAUAAAUCAAAUGACGUUUGAUGAUUUGUAUCAUAAAGAUAUUACUGGUUUGAAAGGUUAGUAACAACUCACUUAAACAAACUUGGUUAGUCGCAUAAACUUGUCAACGUUAAAAAUUCUUCUUUUAUACAGUUCUUAUUCGUGACUUGAUUGUGUAAAUGGUGCCGUGUGUUUAUGAUACUUUUGCUCAAACUAAUUAAAUUACAGCGCUGUACGGCGCGUCCAAAUUUUUUCUCUGCCAAAACUCAAAUUGCUGCAAAAACGUUUAUAUCUUCAAAAUGGACGGGGAUUCGAGUGAUCAAGUUUUAACGGAGAGGAUGAAGGCUCUAUUGGCAAUCGAAGCAAUCAGGAGGCCGAAAAAACUGAGCAUUUUGGGACGGAAACCGGACAACGAAGAACUGCAGGCGAUUCGUGUGAUUCAAAAAUUCUACCGAGGUUUCUACAUAAGGAAACAGAUGAAGAAGCUGAAGCUAGCAAGAUGCAGGGAACUGGUCGUCAGGAACAAGUUCGGAUUGCGAUCUUUUCCCUACGGGUUUGUGUUGACAAAUCAGUACGAGCAGAGUUUCAGGCUCACUAAUAUCAUGGACGUGACAUACAACAGCAAGCUAGGCGAAGUGGUAAUCAUGGACACAAGGGGAAUUUCUUCGUGGAAAAAGUCGCAGCUUGAAAGGUCAGUUGAAAGACCCUUUCUGUUCGAAAAGUAUCAGUCUAAAUAUCUACGAUCAAUAGUAUACAGUCAAAAAAUGAACGUGUUCUACUCAAUUUCGAAGGACUAUUUUAUGAAGGUGAUCAACAAAGACUUCGAAGAGAUAUUCGAGGUGAAUGCUCCUGAAGCGAGGGCUCUUUUUAUAGUUCUCAAUCCAGUCAACGACCACAUAUGGUCCGUCGGACCGGAUGGCGUCAAAAUUUGGGCGCUGGUUAAAAGACCCGAACUUAACUGGAACUCAGUCAAAGCCAUGGUUAACUACUGGCUGGUGAAGAGAUCCGAUUUUCCAAACGUCGGCGGAGGAUGGACCCUGAAUGCUUAUUUUGACAUUCGAGGCGAAUAUUUCUUCGCCUGUUCGGAACAUUUAAUCGUAAUGUAUGAUCUGGAAGGAGCUGAAAUUGGCCGAGUCAACCAGUGUCACAUGGGCGAAAUCACAGGAGUGGAUCGAAGUGAUAAGAGUGAUUUUAUCGUCAGUUGUUCACAUGAUUCGACAGUGAAGGUCUGGAAACCCGUGGAAAAACGUCUUAAGUACGUUUUCACGUUUUACUGCGGAAAGAAAUUGACUGGUUUGACUAUUCAUCCAAAAGACGCAGGGAUUGCUUUAGUUUCUUCAGAAGACGGUUUCGUAAAAAUACUGUCGUUGGAUAGUUUUUCCGAAUUAAAUAGAGUUCACGUCAGCGAUCAUAGAAUUUUGAAAAUGGUCAUUACAACGGAUAAACAACUAGUGGUAGCCACUGCUAGAAACUGUUUCCUCUUCCAUUUGAACUACCAUUACAAGUACUGGGCGACAGCGAGAACGCCGAUGAAGAGUCUGGAAUUGUUGGAAUCUGACGGGAAGACGACGCGUGUUCAAGCGGUAGGAACUGAUAGUAGCAUUCGAAUGAUCUCGAGCAAGGGAUCGAAUAACUUCUCGACUGUUUUGCCGCCGCCUAAUGUAGCAGCCACGCACAACGUUAUCGGCGUAACGUGUCUGCGGGAAUACAGUUUGAUGUAUGUACUGCUUGACGAGCAAGUUGUGUGGGUUUAUACUGUUCGAACCAACCCUGCCUGUCAUAUAGACGCCUGGAACAUGGCAAGACACCAAGAAGAGAUCAUCAAGGAGUUGUUGGACGGGUAUCGCUCAGAAACAUUCGUCCGUUUUCCCACCGCGGCCGAUUUAGUUUACCCUGUUGUUGAAAAUGCUUAUGGAGCUGUAUCUGUUGUCCCAUGUACAACUAUAGCUUGUCUAAAUUCUAAGCUCAGAUUUUUCAGGAAGAACAUUGGAUACCUGUACACUGAUUCUAGUCUCUUUAUCCUUGUUGGAUUGGAAGACGGACGCAUUUUGUGCAUGGAUCCCUUGACAAGUUGCAAGAAACAUGUGGAUUUCCGGGUUGGCAAACACCCGAUUGAAAUGAUUCGUAGUGUCAAAGAAAGCGAUAUCCUCACUACUCUGUCUGUCGAGCAAGUAAGCAAAGCGUUUGUAUCAAUUUGGAAACUCCCGGACGUUGAGAUUGUCAAAGUGGUCUCGACAACCAAUGACUGUUUGAACUACUCAGUCGUAGCCAGAACUCUGAUGACUGGACAUGCGUCUGGAAUUCUGAACGUCUAUCUUUGGAACACAGAGAAAACUAACAAGUCCAAAGAUUCAAAUGCUGCGAGAAAAAGGUUCAGAGGGGCUGUGAAAAAGGUGAUGGCUGUGCAUAGUUUCCAGAAGUUCAGCCAUGCGGACUUGGAACCAGAUUCGGAUGAAGAUUAUGUUGACCUGGAGAAAGGUCAAAUGAAAAGAAAAAACACAGAGCAUCAAGGAAGAGUGUUGAAUAUCCAGUGCAACAAUUACCUUCAAGUGUUUCUCUCAAUCGGUGAAAAAGACCACAUGAUCAAAAUUUGGUCGAAGAGCAAAACAUUACUCAGAGAAGUCUGUCUGGACGCUACAUUAAGCAGCGCUUGCUUCGUGUCGAAUCUAGGCGACAUUGUUUUCUCAUACAAUCAUCACCUGUUUUUCAUGAGUAGGUUUUUUCUCUUUCCCGAGUUGAAAGACAUAAGAGAUGAUUAUGAUCCAGGGAGAGAUUUUGAGUCGUACAUACACGAAGGAUCUGAACUGAGGUUUGGAGCCGUGGCGCAACAUCAUAAACAACCAGAAUCACUGGAGUCCUACCUCAUACCAUUUUCCCUUCAGGAGAAUUUUUACCAAUCGAAGGAGUCCAUCAUAAAAUGGGACCAGGAAGGCCAGCGAAAAGUGGUAAUAGAUGAUGACGGUUCAGUUUCUACAGAAACCUCUUUCGACUCUUUAAGAGCAGAUUCGGAAACAUACGCAUCAAUUGGAAGCUUUGCUGAAAACCGAUACAGCCAUUGGGAUAUUAUAAAGCCCCUUAGCACCAUAGAUGCAUUCGAAGACGACGAUUUUUCUACGAUUUCGGGAGCGUCGUCGCCGGAACUAGUGAAUGACUUUGGUGACGCUUACAUGUCCUCGAAUCUGACUCGGCGCGACCCGCUACUCGUGGCUGCGAAGUUCAGGUUGCCGAAAAUGGUGUCGACGCCAACCCCUCUAAGUCCCAUUCUAAAAGACCAGCUGAACGAUGUAAUAGAAGGGAGCGAAGUCGCAGACGAUGAUUUGCAACAGCAAGGCGCCAAAGAGUCACUCGAAGUAAUUGAUAAAAAAGACGAAACGAUUGCCGGUGAGCCAGAAAACGAGCAGGCGAAACCACAGGUAUCAAUUCCAGUGCAUCUUCCGAUACCACCAGCGAAACCGGUGAUUGAACGGAAAACGCCGACAACUACACCGAUCUCUCGUGCUGCCUCAAAAUUAAGUGUCGUGACGCCGACGCCAUCAACACCAUCACAACCAGCUACCUCAGAAGCUCGUACCAUUCCUCAAAUCAUGAAGAAAUCUGCGACCCGCAGUGGUCGAGUAAGUCUUGCAAACAGACGAGUACGUCGAGGAGUAACCUCGGACCCUGAAACUGAAAUACCCGACGACAGAGGAAUGGAUGCAACUGGUAGUGCGGUCAUUGUUGACCGGAAAACAUCAAGCUCAUCGGCUAAAUUGACUGCAAAAUCAGCUAAAGUUUCAAAGAAAUCAGUCUCAAUCGAGCCGCCCCCAUUACCAACUAUUAAAGAUAUACCACAGGGAGCUGAAAUACAAGAUGCUGAGAAGCAUUCCAUCUCUUCUAGAAGUUACUCUGCUAUCCAAGUGCCGCGCUCGUUUGAAGAUACUCAUGGACCACCUAGUAUUUCGAUUGAAGAUGUUAACCACACAGAUAUUGACCACACAAUCAAAGUAUCUUUCUCGUCAAAGAUGGAUCCUAGAACAGACGUUAAGGGAACGGAAACCGAGGAUUUGCGCGAAGCCGCUGACUUCAAGAGUUCGCAGAACCAAACUGAGAAAGUUGAAACCUUCGGGAUUAGUUUGAAAGAGAAUGAUGGGUACUUCAAAACCUAUGAUAAAGCGGCGCUGGCGGCAGAGAAAAAUAUGCAAUGGGUCGAAAAAACUCUUCUGAAAAACGAAUUAAGGCAAAGACUGAAACAGCAAAGGGCGGAUGCAGUGAAAAACAAGAAACUGCAAGACAUGUUUAACGUGUGGUACAAGAAGCAACAGUUCGAAGAUCGUCAAACAUCAACAUCUGCAGAAGCGUUCUUCAAAAUCCUAGCCGCGGAUUUCAUAAACCAUAUAGUAGGCAGUGGUAUGGCUAUAGACGAACAAUCUUUGCCUGUUGCGCUUAGAGAAAUGCUGGCGUGUCGCAUAGCAGAACAGUCGAAGCUAGCCGAACAAUUCGAGAAUGAAAAAGCUGCGAGGCCAGGCGCAGGAGAAAAACUAAGCGAUUCUACCAAAUCUGAUCUAGUAAAACCAGCUGGACCUUAUCGAGUGCCAAGCAUGUAUGAUAUAGAACGUCAGAAAAGCACUGCAAAAGAGUUGGCACCAAAUAAUGACGAUAGUCGGUUCACUGUAGAGCCUGGAGAUAAUUCUUUCUUGCAGGCGACUAAUUCUAGAAGACAGUCAUUGGAUCUUAUCCGCGCCUCUUCGGCCGGGGCAAAGUCUAGGUCUGCUUCUAGGUUGUGCAAAAGCGCCAGUGCUGCUCGUAAACCAUCCGCCGGGAUUAUUACUGAUACAAUUCGCCGAAACAGUUUGUCGGAAAACGUCAGAUUAGAAAGAAGGCCCGCGACAACAACUAAUGCGGGAAUGCGGCGUCGAAAACUUACAAAGGAAGAGUUUAAUAUUCAGAGAGUUCAGUCGGCGAAAUCGAUUCCGAGCAAAUGCACAGAAUAUUAUCUGGUGCGAAUGCGACCCGCUUCCUCGUCACAAUUUGUAGCGCCUUCAAAAACGGAAAAAAAUCUGCUCGCGAAACGUUUUCCACAUAUUUACGAGCAAGCAGUAGGAUUAGCACGUGGAACCUACUCUGCGCCCCAAAAAUGAUUAAACUGAAAUAAACCUCGAAUAAUAAAAAAAAUAGUUACGCUCGUAUCAGUUUGAUGUAAGUUCAAAUGGGAGUUAGAAUUUAUAUUUUGAAACAAAAUAACCUAAAAUAAACAAGCAUAUCAUCUUAAAUUUACUUAAUGUUCAUUUCUGAAGAA